AUGGAUCUGGAAGUAGAAAUACCCAUUUGGUACAAUGGAAAGAUGAAAUGGAUAUCGAAUCUAACAACACGUUCAACCUGCUCCGAUGUUAUUCAAGCGGUUUUAUCGUCCGAUGACAAUCAUUCUCCUCAAGUACAUGAAAGUUAUGUUCUCUACGAAUCAUGGCGUGGAGUUGAGCGACCAUUGAAAGCGCGCUGUCGAUUGCUAAAACUUUGGAAUUCCUGGGCGGGAGAAUCUCAUAACGUCACAUUAACACUUCGAAAUUAUCAUCAAGCGUCGACGUCAACAUAUCGUGUUCGUCAACCAGAGAAGAAGUUUAAACGUCACCCAAAACGAACUGAAACUAAUCAUUCAAUGUUUCCCUAUUUGAAUCUUUAUCGUUCGAUUAUAAAUACUCAAACACAACUAGAAUAUCAACAGAAAUUAAUAUCUUCCUUAAUGGCCGAUAUCGAACAAGAAACACGAUUAGAUUUCAAUCAGGAUGACUUCACGAGAAUCCUUUCCGAUGUUAAUCAAACUUUAAUCAUCAGUCGAAAACUCAACGAACAAUCCGAAGAACUUGAUGAAAAUAUCAAUUUAGCAACGAAAGAAAUCGAUCAAAAACAACAUUUACUCGAUGAAUUAGAGUUAGAUUACGCACUAGAUCAAAAUAUCGACAUCGACAGUCUUGAUGAUGAUAAUGAACAAGAACAAUCACCAUUUACAUUCGAACAGGAACGUGUUAGUACGAAAGACAUAUCACCAUCUCCGAAGAAAACACGAACAGUCUUUUCUCGACCAACGGCAAUCGUCGAACCAAGUUUGUCCAUACGAAAAUCGAAAUCAUUCUCUGAUCAUCCUUUCAAAAAUCGAACAACGACUCAUUCGUAUUCUACUUCUUCUUCUUCUUCUCCACAUCAUCAUCAUCAUCCUUGGUCAUUUUCAACUAAUGAUGAAUCUGAUACGGGUAUUAGUUCAUUCAAUUCCAUCGAUGAACAAUUAGUCACACUUGUUUGA